AUGGCUGAUAAUAGUACAUUUGAGGAAGGAUUUAACACUACCUAUUCCGACAACUUUAACGGCACUUUCAACGGCACGUUUAAUGGUACCUAUAGUAAUAAUACAAAUGGUACAUUUACAGAAACAGAAGAGAAAGUGAAAACGAUUCCAAUUUCUUUCUACACCCCAAUUAUCUAUGCUGUCAUCUUAAUCGUGUCGUUGAUCAUCUUCUCAAAACGUUAUAGAGAAGGCAGGAUUAGAAAGUUGGCUGAACAACCAGAAAUCUUUGAUGAACAUGAUGCUAAAGAAUUAUAUUUUGAAUUGAAAGAAUUAAGUAAAACUGAGAAAAUACAUGAAAAGGUGUUGAAAGCUGCUCUGUUGAACCGUGGUGCCGAAGCUAUAAGACGUACUUUGAAAUUGAAAGAAUUAGGUCCACAAAUUGAAUUGAUGUAUAAGAAUGGGUCUGUCGGUGAAGACUAUUGGGAAAGAUUCCAAGCUGAAACUAAAUUUGUUGAAGUUGAAUUUAGAGACACUAUACAAGAGUCUGAAAACUUACAACCAGGCUGGCCUAAGAUGUUUGCUGCUCUAUGUCAAGAAAUUUGUUUCAAUCAAGCUUUAAGCAGACGUUAUCAAUCUAUCUUAAAACGUAAAGAAGUUUGCAUAAAGGAAUGGGAAUUGAAAUUGAAUAAUGAUGGUACUUUAACUAAAUAG